AUGGUGAGCAGGGAAAUGCUGACUCCUGGUGGGAACAAGAGACGGAUUGAAAGAAUUCAAGCUGAAGAAAAACUUUCAGUAGAUAUUCAACAAGGUGAACCCUUGACACAUGUCAGUCACCUUAAAUGGAAUGAAAGAACACAUACUGGAGAGAAACCCUAUGCAUGUAAUCAGUGUGGUAAGGCCUUUGCAGAUCACAGUACUCUUCAAAAGCAUAAAAAAAAACAUACUAGAGAGAAACCUUAUGAAUGUACUCAGUGUGGUAAGGCCUUUGCAUGGUACAGUGCUUUUCAAUACCAUGGAAGAACGCAUACUGGAGAGAAACCCUAUGAAUGCAAUCAGUGUGGUAAGGCCUUUGCACGGUACAGUGCUCUUCAAUACCAUGGAAGAACACAUACUGGAGAGAAACCUUAUGAAUGUAAUCAGUGUGACAAGGCCUUUGCAGCUCACAGUCAUCUUCAAUCCCAUAAGAGAACACACACAGGAGAGAAACCAUAUGAAUGUAAUCAGUGUGGUAAGGCCUUUUCACAACACAGUAAUCUUCAAAGUCAUCAAAGAAUACAUACUGGAGAGAAACCAUAUGAAUGUAAUCAGUGUGGUAAGGCCUUUGCAGCUAAGAGUAAUCUUAAAAACCAUCAAAGAACACAUCUUGGAGAGAAACCAUAUGAAUGUAAUCAAUGUGGUAAGGCCUUUUCAUUUCAGGGAACUCUUCAACACCAUCAAAGAAUGCAUACUGGUGAAAAGCCCUAUGAAUGUACUCAGUGUGGUAAGGCCUUUGCACGUCAUCAUCAUCUUCAAUUGCAUAAAAGAACACAUACUGGAGAGAAACCAUUUGAAUGUAAUCAGUGUGGUAAGGCCUUUGCAGCUCAGAGUACUCUUCAAAACCAUAAAAGAACACAUACUGGAGAGAAACCUUAUGAAUGUACUCAGUGUGGUAAGACCUUUGCUCAAUACAAUCAUCUUAAAAGCCAUAAAAGAACACAUACUGGAGAGAAACCUUAUGAAUGUAAUCAGUGUGGUAAGGCUUUUGCAACGAACAUUCAUCUUCAAAGGCAUAAAAGAAUACAUACUGGUGAGAAACCCUAUGAAUGCAAUCAGUGUGGUAAGGCCUUUGUACAACACAGUAAUCUUCAAAGUCAUCAAAGAACACACACCGGAGAAAAACCAUAUGAAUGUAAUCAGUGUGGUAAGGCCUUUGCAACGAACAGUCAUCUUCAAAGGCAUAAACAUUCACAUACUGGAGAGAAAUAUUAUGAAAAUAAUCAAUGUGUUAAAGCCUUUGCACAUCUCAGUCAUCUUCAAUUGCAUAAAAGAACACAUACUGGAGAUAAACCAUAUGAAUGUAAUCAGUGUGCUAAGGCCUUUGCAUGUCACAGUGAUCUUCAAAGGCAUAAUAGAACACAUAUUGGAGGGAAACCCUAUGAAUGUAAUGAAUGUGGUAAGGCCUUUGCACGACAUAAUCAUCUUCAAUUGCAUAAAAGAACACAUACUGGAGAGAAACCCUAUGAAUGUAAUCAGUGUGAUAAGGCCUUUGCAGACCCCGGUACUCUUAAAUGGCUUAAAAUGUAA